AUGACACGCAACAUCCUCAUCGCACUGCUACGCAAUGAUCUGCGAUUGCACGACCAUCCGAUCUUGCACGUGUGCUCGGAACCGACGCCAUCGACUGCGAACUUCACGCAGCCCAUCACGCAUGUGUUGCCAGUGUACGUGUUCGAUCAGCGGCACGUGGAAGUGUCCGGCUUUCCGCGCUUGGAAAAGGCGCGCAAGGACGGGGGCGGUAAGGGUAGUGGAGAAUAUGCAAAGACGCGCGAGCUGGGGCUAUGGCGGACGGGAAUCCAUCGAAUCAAGUUUAUCAACGAGAGCGUGUUCGACUUGCGCGAUCGACUGCGUAGGCUCGGCAGCGAUCUCGCCAUGUUCGCAGGAACGCCCGAGAGCGUAAUCGCGUCGCUGAUCCACCAAAUCCGAGCGCACGGCGAUACCGUCGAGGCGGUGUAUCUGAGUAGAGAGAUCAACACCGAGGAAGUCAACAUCCAGAAGCGGCUGCAACGCAUGCUCUCGGACGUGCAGUGUCGCAUGCACAUGUUCGAGACAAAGUCGUUGAUCCAUUCCCGAGACCUCGGCUUCCCAGUAAGCAAGCUUCCGGAUGUGUUUACGCACUUUCGCAAGCAAGUGGAACGCAACCGUAUCUGGAGAGCUCCACUCGCCUCGCCGGACAGGUUGAAACCGUUCGCCGAGGUGCCAGUGGAGGAUGCGGCCGGUGUCUAUUCGCUAUCCGCCAACAAGCAGCAUGGGUUGGAUCGUAAGAACGCGGUUGAAAAGUGUCUCUUGCAGCCGUUGCUCGACAAUCCGGUAUUGGCUCAUAACGAGCUUCUCGCCAGGGUCAUGUGCAAGCGCGGUCAAGUGGAUGUGGCACACUCUGCGUUUCCGUAUCGAGGAGGCGAGACCGAAGCGCUCGCUCGACUUGAUCACUACUUUGACCGAUCUGACUCUUGCCCGGCUGCGUCGUACAAGCAAACUCGAAACCAAAUGCUGGGUACCGACUACUCGACCAAAUUCGGCGCUGCGCUUGCGCUCGGACUGCUGUCGCCGCGGCUGAUCGCGCAAAAAGCGACUGAGCUCGAUAACGCGACGCACGAUGCCACGCACAAUGCCAGCAACAAAGGCGGUGGAUAUUGGAUCAUCUUUGAGCUUCUGUGGCGAGACUACUUCUACUUUGUCGGGUGGAAGUUCGGAUCGAAGCUGUUCAGCUUGCGAGGAAUCGAGGACGACAUUUCGGCGCGAUCCGCUCCGUCGAAAGCGUCCGAGUGGAAAUCGAGCGCGUCGCUCUCGGAUCGCGACGAUGGAUUUGUGCGCUGGUGCACGGCUCAGACGGGCGUACCUCUGAUCGAUGCCAACAUGGUCGAAAUGGUGCAGACCGGGUUUAUGUCGAAUCGCGGACGACAAAACGUCGCAUCGUUUCUCACCAAAGAUCUUGGCUGGAAUUGGCGUCAUGGAGCUGAAUUCUUCGAAAGCUGGCUCGUAGACUAUGAGCCGAAUUCCAACUGGGGCAAUUGGCAGUACGUCGCAGGUGUCGGCAACGACCCUCGCAGCUCGCGUCAGUUCAACCCGAUCAAGCAGGGAAAUGACUAUGACGCGAAUGGCGAAUACGUCGCCACCUGGCUUCCGUUGCUCAGCGAUAUGCCUCCUCAGUACAGACACCAUCCGUGGACUUGCCCCGACGCAGCUUGGGCCGAACAAGCGCACAGCGCACACUACCCGCCUACGCCCAUCGUGGAACAGCAAAUGUGGCGAAAACAUUACUCGAACCCAGAAGGCGCCCCACCUGCGCACCACAAACCCGACCACGUCGCCACCGGUAGGCGCUCAGCCAACGCCAACGCCAACCGCCGCGGAGCGCGCCGACGCUCCAGAUCCACACGCGCCAGUACCCAGCAGUCAUGA